AUGUUUGGCUUGCAUUGCAGAAACUAUGAUGAAAACCAAAGGAAACGGGCCGCGCGCCAAAUCAGAGACCUGAUGGGUGCCGAACAGUUCCAGCGCUUCUUCGAUAAUGUCAAUCAGCGUACGAAUCUAUUGAUACAAGGUCCCGAUACGUAUGACCGUCUUGGUGGAAUUUACAUCCUGGAUGCGUUGGUCGAUUUUGACGGCAUAGAACCAGCCUUGAAGUACACCCGCUUCCAGAACUACAUUGGCAGCAUCCUGCGUGGCCGCGAUAUCAACUCUAUGCAGCCGGCCGCUGUCGUCCUUGGAAAACUAUGCAAGCCAGGCGGUUCCUUGAUUUCCGAACUGGUCGAUUCCGAAGUUCAAACAGCGCUUGAGUGGCUACAGUCUGACCGAAUCGAGGAACGGCGGUACUCGGCAGUCUUGGUGCUUCGCGAGCUGGCCAGAAACACGCCUACGUUGAUGUAUAACUAUGUGGGCUACGUCUUUGAACAGAUUUGGAUUGGCCUUCGUGACUCCCGUCUCUUGAUUCGCGAGACUGCCAGCGAGACCGUUAGCGCCUGUUUCAAAAUCAUUCGUGAGCGAGACCAGGAGCUGAAGAAGGACUGGAUGGACAAGAUGCUCAACGAGGCGAUCAAGGGGCUCAAGAUCAACACGGUUGAGUUUAUCCAUGCCUCGCUUCUUGUGCUCAAGGAGCUGCUUGAACAGGGUGGCAUGUACAUGCAGGCUCACUACCAAGAGGCCUGUGAGAUUGUCUUCCGCCACAAAGACGCGCGCGAUCCCGCCAUCCGCAAGACGGUUGUGCUUUUGAUCCCGGACCUGGCCAACUAUGCACCGACAGAGUUCUCGGCGAGCUAUUUGCACAUGUUUAUGGUGUAUCUUGGGGGCAUGCUGAAGAAGGACAAGGACCGCAACGACGCCUUUCUUGCCAUUGGCAACAUCGCCAAUUCGGUCAAGAGCGCAAUCACACCCUAUUUAGACGGCGUUCUCAUCCAUAUUCGCGAGGGUCUCAGUGUACAGUCCCGGAAACGAAGCUCGGUCGAUCCUGUUUUUGACUGCAUCAGUCGAUUGGCCGUCGCCGUGGGUCAGACAAUGAGCAAGUAUAUGGAGGCGCUUCUUGAUCCCAUCUUCGCCUGCGAGCUCACGCCAAAACUGACACAGGCCCUUGUCGAUAUGGCGUUCUACAUCCCCCCAGUCAAAGCCACCAUUCAAGAGCGCCUGUUGGACAUGCUGAGCAAAGUUCUCUGCGGCGAACCCUUCAGACCUCUGGGUGCACCCCAUCCAAACUCGCUCGCUUCCAUACCUCAUAUUCCCAAAGACCCAAAGGACCCCCUUGCUCACCAGCGGACAAAGGAUGAAGUCAAGUUGGCCCUCAACACGCUCGGCAGCUUUGAUUUUCAAGGCCAUGUCUUGAACGAAUUCGUCCGCGACGUCGCUAUCAAAUACGUCGAAGAUGAUGACCCAGAAACACGUGAGGCUGCUGCCCUCACCUGCUGCCAGCUCUAUGUGCGUGACCCAAUCGUCAACCAGACAAGCUAUCAUGCCCUCCAAGUGGUCGCCGAUGUCAUCGAGAGACUCCUGACUGUGGGUGUUUCGGAUCCCGAACCCAAAAUACGGCAGACGUUGCUAGCAGCCCUUGACGAGCGAUUUGACCAGCAUCUCGCCAAGGCUGAGAAUAUACGCACCUUGUUCUUCGCGCUCCACGAUGAACAGUUUGCCGUCAGGGAGGUGGCCGUGUCCAUCAUAGGCCGGUUGGCUCGCCACAAUCCCGCCUAUGUUAUCCCCCAGCUGCGAAAAACCAUCAUUCAGAUGUUGACAGAGCUUGAAUACACAGAUGUGGCUCGGAGCAAGGAGGAAAGCUCGAGAUUACUCAGUCUUCUCACACGGCACGCUCAGGAGCUGGUCAAACCAUACGUCAACUCCAUCACCCAAGUGUUGCUGCCAAAAGCUCGCGACCCGAUCCCGUCCGUUGCUGCGACUGUCCUCCAAGCACUCGGGGAACUGUGCACCGUUGGUGGAGAAGAGAUGCUAAACUACAAGAAGGAUCUCAUGCCCAUCAUCAUUGACGCAUUGCAGGAUCAAAGCGCACCAGUUAAACGGGAGGCAGCCCUGCAUACCCUCGGUCAGCUGGCCAGUAACACAGGCUAUGUCAUCAAACCCUACCUCGAGUAUCCCCAACUUCUUGAGAUCCUGCAGUCCAUCAUCCGGGGCGAGCCUCAGCGCGGGCUUUUACGACAGGAAACCAUCAAGGUGAUGGGCAUCCUGGGAGCACUCGAUCCCUACAAAUAUCAGGUACAGCGCAACUGUUCUUUUGUUCCCCUUCGCCACGCCCAUUUCAGCGCAUUGUCCUCUGCUACUCCAACCAUGGAAGACUCGGAUGAUUCGGACGAUGAGAACGACAACGUCGCCCUCUUUCUCGGACCGUACUCCCCUCCUGAAGUGGUUGAAAAGCAGAAGCGCAAAGUAACGUCGAAAAACAAGGCUAAAACUCCAGAACAGCAGGUCGAAGAUCGCGCGCCGCGCACACAGAAGCAAACCGAAGCAACCCAACUCACUGAUGUGUCCCUCAUGAUGGGCGGACUAACCCCUUCACAGGAGGACUACUACCCAACCGUUGUUAUUAAUGCCCUUCUCCAGAUCCUCAAAGACCAGUCGUUGGUGCAGUGGCACGGAAACGUGGUGGAUGCCAUCAUGAGCAUCUUCAUCACGCUUGGGCUCAAGUGUGUCCAGUUCCUCGACCGUGUGGUGCCUGCCUUUAUCGCCGUGAUCCGCGCCUCGAGCCAAACGCGACUCGACUUCUAUUUCAACCACCUUAGUAGGCUUGUUGGAAUUGUCCGUCAGCAUAUCAGGGUCUACCUCCCGGACAUCAUCGAGGUUCUCCAGGAGUAUUGGGACACGACAUAUUCGCUCCAGACCACCAUCAUGUCGUUGAUCGAGUCCAUUGCACGCUCCCUAGAGGGCGAGUUCAAGGUCUACCUUGCCAGUCUCCUCCCGAUGAUGCUCGGCUUGCUGGAAAAGGACACCACCACCAAGCGGCAACCGACCGAAAAGAUCUUUCAUGCUUUCCUAGUGUUCGGCUCAAGCGCCGAGGAGUAUAUGCACCUCAUCAUCCCCGUGUUGGUACGUCUCUUCGACAACUCGGCCCAACCCAUGUUUCUGCGCAAGUCUGCCAUUGAAACGAUUGGCAAGCUCUCGAGCAUGGUGAAUCUCAACGACUAUGCGUCCAAAAUCAUCCACCCCCUCACCCGGGUCCUUGCCAGCCACGAACCAAGUCUAAGAGUGGCUGCCCUCGACACGCUAUGUGCCCUCAUGUUGCAGCUGGGGCGUGAUUAUUUGCACUUUGAACACACCGUCCACAAAACCAUCUCAACAUACGGCCUCCAACACUCCAACUAUGACAAGGCCGUCGAAAAGCUCAAGAAAGGGGAAACAUUACCGCCUAACCUCGCGCCGCGCUUCGAGGACAAUGCAGUCGAGCUUCAUGCCUCUGAAAACAGCCCGCCCAAGAAGUUGGAUCUCAACCCCAUGCAUUUACGGCAAGCCUGGGAAACCAAGGGUAAGUCUACUAAAGACGACUGGCACGAGUGGUUCCGCAAGUUUAGCACGACGUUACUUUCUGAGUCCCCGAAUCACUCACUCCGAGCUUGCGCCAGUUUGGCAAGCACUUAUCAGCCACUGGCAAGGGAGCUCUUCAACUCUGCCUUCGUCUCAUGCUGGAGCGAGCUGUACGAACAAUUUCAGGUAGGCCAAGAACUGAGUUGCCGCGAUCCCCCGGCAAGUUUACUAAUGCUCGUGCAGGAGGAACUGAUCACCAACAUCGAAAACACAAUCAAAUCCGAGAAUGUGCCUCCUGAUCUUCUGGGCCUUUUGCUGAACCUUGCCGAGUUCAUGGAACAUGAUGACAAGGCCCUACCAAUCGACAUUCGAACCUUGGGACGUGAGGCGGCAAGAUGUCACGCCUAUGCCAAAGCGCUGCAUUACAAAGAACUCGAGUUUCUUCAGGACCACAACAGUCACGCGGUCGAAGCCCUGAUUGUGAUUAACAAUCAGUUGCAGCAGUCCGAUGCCGCCAUUGGUAUCUUGACUAAGGUGAAGGCGUACAAGGACGGGAUCACGCUGCGGGAAAGCUGGUUCGAGAAGCUGGAACGCUGGGAUGAGGCGCUUAACUUUUACUGCCAACGCGAACGCGAGCUUCCGCCUGACCAGCCCACACCGGUCGACAUUGUCAUGGGCAAGAUGCGUUGCUACCAUGCGCUGGGUGAGUGGGAUUCGCUAGCCUCGCUGGCUGGCAAGACAUGGUCAAACUCGGCACCAGAGGUUCAACGCAUGAUCGCAGGCCUUGCCACCACGGCUGCCUGGGGGCUCGGGAAAUGGGACUCUAUGGAUAACUACCUGCAGUCUAUGAAACGAUUCUCACCAGAUCGCGCCUUCUUCGGCGCCAUCUUAGCCCUCCACCGCAAUCAGUUCCGAGAAGCCCUGGGCUGCAUCGACCAAGCUCGAGAAGGUCUCGAUACAGAGCUGAGCGCCCUCGUGAGCGAAUCCUACAACAGGGCAUACCAAGUUGUUGUGCGCGUUCAGAUGCUUGCAGAGUUGGAAGAAUUGAUCAUCUACAAGCAGUGCGAUGCUGAAAAGCAAGCCAGUUUGCGGGCAACAUGGGAGACUCGUCUCAAGGGGUGCCAGCGAAACGUUGAGGUAUGGCAGCGCAUGCUGCGACUCCGGUCGCUCGUGCUCACGCCACCAGAGAACAUGCACAUGUGGACUAAGUUCGCCAACUUGUGCCGCAAGUCUGGACGGAUGGGUUUGGCGGAGAAGUCACUGAGACAGCUUAUCGGGUCGGAUGUGCCGCUGGACACAGUGAUCCCUCACUGGCACGACCGCCCCAUGGACCCCGAUGCCGAGAGACUUGCGUCUCCGGUUCUGUAUGCAGUACUCAAGUACCAGUGGGAGGUCGGUUUGCAGCCGGCGAUGCGAAACACUGACCGAACCAUCGCCGAGAGAACGCUGUACUGCCUUCGCAAGUUCACUGACGAGACGGCCCACAGGGUAGAGAGCGCAAGACACCAAAUAGCCGCUUCCACCCAGGCCGGUAACGGUGCAAUUGACGGCUUACAUCAGGCCUCUACCUUUUCCGAGUUCGACGAGGCGGCAUUACUCAGCCCGGAUGUGCAGCGUCACUGGACAGAACAAACGGUGCUGCUUGCCAAGUGCUACCUCCGCCAGGGCGAUUGGAUGAUUGCCCUGAACAAGGACGAUUGGCAAUACACACGGCGCAAAGACAUCCUCUCCUGCUACUACAAGGCCACCUAUUAUCAUCGCCACUGGUACAAGGCCUGGCAUGCCUGGGCCUUGGCCAACUUCGAAGUGGUGCAGGCCCUUGGAUCUCGCAAGGACCUAGACAGCGGCGUCAUCAUCCAGUAUGCCGUGCCUGCUGUGCAUGGUUUUUUCGAGUCUAUUUCGCUCUCUUCGGGAAGCUCUCUGCAAGACACGCUGCGUUUGCUCACACUCUGGCUUACAUAUGGUGGCAACCCCGAUGUCGCCAGUACUGUGACAGAGGGCUUCAGUCGUGUCAGCGUUGAUACCUGGCUUGAGGUCAUUCCACAGUUGAUCGCUCGCAUUACCCAACCUAACAAGAAGGUUCAGGCGUCGAUCCAUGCUCUGUUGUCUGAUGUCGGUCGUGCGCACCCCCAGGCGUUAGUCUACCCCUUGACGGUUGCCAUGAAGUCGCGACAAAGCACGCGCAGGUCCAAGACCGCCAGCCUCAUUAUGGAGACAAUCCGUCAGCACAGUAAUAAGCUGGUCGAGCAGGCAGAGACGGUGAGCCGCGAGCUUAUUAGGACCGCGGUCCUCUGGCACGAGCUAUGGCAUGAGGGUCUGGAGGAGGCUUCCCGGCUCUACUUUGGCGAUCACAAUAUCAAGGGAAUGUUUGAUGCCCUCGAGCCCCUUCACGACCUGCUCGAAAAGGGCCCUCAAACCCUCCGGGAGGUUUCAUUUACACAGACGUUCGGCCGUGAUCUGGGUGAGGCUCGCGAGUGGUGCCGGCAAUAUCGCGAAACAGAGGACGUCAAUGACCUGAACCAAGCCUGGGACUUGUACUACCAGGUUUUCCGUCGUAUCAGCCGACAGCUUCCACAGAUGACCACACUGGAGCUGACCUACUGCUCUCCGGACCUGCUCCAGGCCAGGGACCUGGAGCUCGCGGUGCCGGGAACGUAUCGCAGUGGCCAAGAGGUUGUCCGAAUCAUGUCUUUUGACGGCACCUUUACGGUCAUCAGCAGCAAGCAACGUCCGCGAAAACUUGACAUUGUUGGAAGUGACGGUAAGACGUACACUUUCUUGCUCAAAGGUCAUGAGGACAUCAGGCAGGAUGAGCGUGUCAUGCAGCUCUUCGGCCUCUGCAACACGCUCUUGGCCAACGACUCGGAAUGCUACAAGCGCCAUCUCAACAUCCAACGUUACCCGGCUAUUCCGCUGUCGCAGAAUUCGGGUCUUCUCGGCUGGGUCCCAGACAGCGACACGAUCCACCAGCUUAUCCGUGAUUAUCGGGAGUCAAGAAAGAUUCUCCUUAACAUCGAGCAUCGGAUCAUGCUUCAGAUGGCGCCCGACUACGAUAACCUCACACUCAUGCAGAAGGUGGAAGUGUUUGGGUAUGCCCUUGAUAACACAACGGGUCAGGAUCUGUACCGGGUCUUAUGGCUGAAGAGCAAGAGCUCCGAAGCCUGGUUAGACAGGCGAACUAAUUACACGCGUUCCCUCGGCGUCAUGUCGAUGGUCGGGUACAUCCUGGGCUUGGGCGACCGUCAUCCGAGCAACCUGAUGCUGGACCGCAUCACGGGCAAGAUCAUUCACAUUGACUUUGGCGACUGCUUUGAGGUGGCGAUGAAGCGUGAGAAGUACCCGGAGCGGGUGCCUUUUAGGCUUACCCGCAUGCUUACUUAUGCCAUGGAGGUUAGCAACAUCGAGGGCAGCUUCCGGAUUACAUGCGAACACGUGAUGAGAGUCUUGCGUGACAAUAAGGAGAGCGUUAUGGCCGUUCUCGAGGCUUUCAUUCACGACCCGCUACUCACGUGGCGUCUUACCAACCCGGCCAGUCCCGCUGGACCACAUUUCAAUUCGGAGAGAGAGCAAGCUAUUGCCGGGCCCCAGGCAGCACGGGUGCGUCGGCCUUCCAUACUGGAGGCUCCGAUGGCCCCGACUGAGUUCCUGGCAGCUCAAGCUGGUCCCGAAGGCUUGACCGGGGCGCGUAGCCGUGCGCGUACAAACUCAUCCGCCGCGCCGCUCCCAAGCAUAACCAAUGACGGUGUCCAUGGCCCCAUCGAGAUUGCGGAGGUGCAAAAUGCGCGGGCUGUCGAAGUGCUUGACCGGGUCUCCCAGAAACUCACGGGUCGUGAUUUCAAGCCGAACGAAGAGCUUCUUGUUAAAGAUCAGGUUAAUAAGCUGAUCAUUGAGGCUACCAAGCUUGAGAAUCUCUGCCAGCACUAUAUAGGGUGGUGCAGCUUUUGGUGA